GUUGCCUCCUUUUAGAUUUCCUGCUUCGGUCGGACUGUAUACAAGAGUUUCCACAACAAUGGCACCUAAAAGGGGUAAGGUACAGAAGGAAGAGGUCCAGGUCUCCCUGGGACCACAAGUUCGUGAGGGAGAAAUCGUCUUUGGAGUUGCUCACAUUUUUGCCAGCUUCAACGAUACCUUCGUCCAUGUGACUGACUUGUCAGGAAGGGAAACAAUCGCUCGUGUCACCGGUGGAAUGAAAGUGAAAGCUGAUCGUGAUGAGGCCUCACCCUACGCUGCUAUGUUAGCUGCUCAGGAUGUCGCUGAGAAAUGCAAAUCCCUGGGUAUCACAGCCCUCCACAUUAAACUGCGAGCAACUGGUGGAAACAAGACGAAAACCCCAGGACCAGGUGCUCAAUCAGCACUUCGUGCUCUGGCUCGUUCCAGCAUGAAGAUUGGUCGCAUUGAGGAUGUCACCCCCAUUCCAUCAGACUCAACUCGCAGGAAGGGUGGUCGUCGUGGACGCAGGCUGUAAACUAUUCAUCUAUGUAUGGUUUAUCAUACCUUACAAAUAAAUAUUUGAAAGACCUUUAACAUUUUUA